AUGAUCCCAGGACUUUCAUCUUCCUUGAUUUGUGGUGGCUUCUUCACGGUCUCUUUAGCACUCAGUGGCCUUUGGGCUGUUCCGGGGCACCGAGAUGCGAGUAGUUUUUGGAGUGGCUUCAUGAACAGGAUGGUUUGGUCCUUGAGCCCCUGCUUCUUGGGUGCCUUCUUCCCUGGGCUCUGCAAUCCCGAGACGAUGGAUUGGGAGAGUCAUGGCUUCUUUUUGUUGGUCAGUUUGGUGCCAUUCAUCAUUUGUGAUGUUCUCUUCCCCUACCUGGUGGGCACUGAUAGCCACUUCAAGAUCUUCUUCUCCACUUGCUUCUGGCCCACAACCACCUGCUUGUUCUUCGUUCCCUCCAUGAUUGCAGGCAUCCGCAGAUGUCGAGGGGAUCCAAAGUGGCAAGAUCUUACGUCCCAAGUUUUUUACAUUUGCAAGGAAGGAAUGCACUUUUGGCGGGAUCUCAUCCUGUUGAUCCUUUGCUUUCUUGCAGCGGUGUUGCCAGUGAACUACAUCGCCCUCGACUUCGCCGUGGUCGUUCCGAGUCUCUCCGUGUCGCAUCACCUCAGCGCCACCACGUGGGAAGCCGCGGACAACGGCGUGGAUCUCGCGGCAGCUUUCGUUCGGCCGGUGAUCUCGCUUUGUAUCAAAGCAACUUGCCUAGACAUCUUCAAGUUUGCGUCCAGCCGAAUCAGCCCGAUGCUGCACAUCUACGGAAUGUUCCCCCUGGCUCUCAACAUCGGCUUGCACAAUUCCAUGGCGGCAGUGCUGUGUCAAGACUGGCCCUCCGUGGGCAUUUGGAUUGCCUGUGACUUCUUGGUGAUCCUUUGGAGGACGCAGAGGCCAGAGAUCGGCGUGAGGCGAAUCUUCUUCGUCGUGGAGUACCUGCCGUGGAUGAGCGAGAAAGAGUUCCUCCGGCGCAGAGGCUUUGAAGCCAUCGUGAUGGGCUGGGGGCUGACGGCUGCUUUGUCCAGCUUAGUGAUGUUUAGCCCAGUCGCAUGGGUCUUACCACCGAUGCUCAAGAAGUUCCUCUUUCCGCAAGGAAUGACCAGCGUUCUCUAUUUAUGUGCUGUUUGCGGCGCUGACAUUCUUGCAGAUGUCCUCUCCUUGACCUACCUGACGCAUGCAUGCAAAUGUGAUUUUGGCAGCAUUUUGUCACAUCCAUUCUCGAAGACCCUUCGUUGUGCAUAUCUCUCUGCACUCACCGUCGUUUGGGCACCCUGUGCGCUGGGAUGCUUUGGCUGGGUCUUUCAGCAUAUGUGUGUUGCUGCAUUUGAGGCCAGCUGUGCCUCAGCUUAG